AAGGCAGAGCAGGGCGCAGAGCACCGACGGACGCAGGCGGACAUGGCGGAUAUCAAGGCGAUCGUGGCGGUGGUGGUGGCGCUGCUGGUGGGCGCCAUCGUGGGCGGCUUGAUCGGACACUACGCCGUGCCCAGCAGUAGCUCGGACGUACCCACGAUGAUCCCGUCGAAGGCGCAGUGCGUGCUGCAGGAGGCAGGCGCGGGUAACAGCGUCAGCGGCACAAUCACCUUCCAGCGGAUGGACGACAGCAUCAUGGUCACCGGCGCCGUCUCCGGUCUUAGUGCUGGCAAGCACGGUUUCCACGUGCACCAGGUGGGCAGCACUGAUGACGGAUGCCGCGCCGCCAAGGGACACUUCAACCCGUUCGCCAAGACGCACGGAGCUCCGGACGCCUCUGAGCGUCAUGUGGGUGACCUGGGUAACAUCGUGGCUGACUCGAGCCAGCUGGCUAACGUCAACAUCAAGGACAGCGUCAUCAAGUUCGCCGGCGACGCCAACAUCCUCGGCCGGGCGAUCGUGAUCCACGCCGGCGAGGACGACCUCGGUCUCGGCAACGAGAGCGACAGCAAGACCACCGGCCACGCCGGCGCCCGGCUCGCCUGCUGCGUCAUCGGCGUCAUCAACUGAGCCGCCGCCCCGGGCGCCAGCUGCCUGUGACGUCAGCGGGCAGGUGCGACGUCACUGGAGAUGGGCGACGGCAGCGGAGAGGUGCGACAUCGGUGGAUAUCUGUGACGUUGUCGGGAGCGUGCGCUAAGUCCGGUUGCGCGUGGGUACAGACUGUGGCAACUGCCAGUGAGUGUAUCAUCGUGUUUAUGUCGGUCGGAUGUGUGACGGCAUUGGUCAGGGGGGCUGAGUGGAACUGUCGGUGUGUCGUGUCGCCCUCAUUGCCUGCCGUUGGGAACGUUGUUGGCGAUAUGCAGCGCCUUCUGGACGCCGCAACAAACGGAAAGGCGUCAUGAUGACGAAAGUGAUGUGCGAUGUGUUCACGUUUAAGUCCGUCCCCGUGGCUUUCACUGUGAGGUAGCCGUAGGCAGGCAGGUAUAGUUUUAACCCGGGACAUAAACAACAGAAAAUAUCGUCAAGAAGAGUCCAUCGCGAAAAGCCUCGUGAAAUCCCAAAAUGAAAUCCCAAGCCUCAUGAAAUCCUAGCAUCAUCGCUGCUGCAUCGUGCUUGUAUUGGCUUUGGUAUGGGUUGCCAGGCACUGUCAUUGGAGAAAACUCGCUACCGAAAAGGAACGGCGAGUGGUUUUCGAUAAAGCUCAGCUAUUUUUAUUCGUGAAACCUGGAAAGUGUGUUUGUUCAAAUAUGUAGGAGCCUUAUUUCACGGCUGGCUCGUCUGCUGACGUGCAUGCGCUGUAGCCGCCAACACAAAGGGACGGUAUUUGCCGUAGUGGAAAUUAUCUAACAGCUGUUGCUCUUCGUUGGAUGGGACAUUCCUGAACGCUGGGCUGCAAAAUCUGACAUUUGGCCGCCAUCCGGAUCGACUUGUGCUCAGUGUUGAAGUUCAUUCUUGUAAAGCUCGUGUUUUACGUCCAAUCACCGCGUUAAACGCUUCUGUCUUAAACGAGCACAAGAUGCUGCUUUCCGAUUGCGUUACUCAGUGUAAGUUAUGGUAGCGAUGGAUUAAUAUUUAAUUACGAGAUGACAAGUUGCAUACUGUUUCGGGUCCACGAGUCAGUUCAUGGCGUGUCUUGUGUCAAGGUUGUCUCUCCAGGGGAGCGUUCAAGAUUAAAGCCGUUCGAACGCAACCUGGACUGUUUCGUGGUUGAUGGUCCGUGUGCUGGCGAUGGCUUUUGGUGUGAGAUCUGCGAAUGAAUGAUGGCACGGACGCACGGAAGUAAAGGAAGAAAGUGCUCUAGCAACAGCAGUCAAUACGAAAUACCUGACAUAUCGUUACAAAUGGCGCUUAGUGCCAGUGUACAGCGUAGCACCUUUCCGACAUGUAGCCGUUUAAGCAUACUCUGCACUCUUCCUCUUGCGUGUUCAGCACCCUUGCUUGGUUGGCUUACGCAGGAGAGGAGCUUCGAACUUGCAUUCUCAGCUUGGAUUGUCUCGUGCGUGUGUUCGUCUAUUUGUUUCUCGUGAGCAUCCCGCCAGUUUCGCGCUCCGUAAUCAAAAUGAUCGGUCAUUUCUUCCGGGCGUAUUGGCGACCGCAACUAUCGUGAAGUGCUUGUAAACUCUGGACAACAAUGAGAUGACAAAUAUACAGUGAGUCAAUUGUG